CCCAGCCGCAGAUGCAGUCAAUGUACCAGAUGGCUGCUGAGCGACAGUCCGGCUCCGCUCCCGGCUCUCUCCUCCUGAUGGCGUCUCCGUGUAAAAUCCGCGACACAUUUUGUCAGCAGCCACCGAGCAUGGGUCCCUUUGGUAAUAGAAUAGCCAAUGUAAUUUGACACUCCAACUUACUGCGCUCUCCCCGACUCUAUUCAGUUACUCACCCACUGACGUUGAGCCCAUUCUCAGUGGCCGUGAGGGGGGAAGAUAUUUAAAAACAAGAGCCGAAAAUUACCGAGGACUUUCUCCGCUUAAUAACCCGAGGCAGAAGACGCGAGGCACUGGAGUGUUUCUCCUCCUGGUCUGUGAAUGGGUGGGGGGGUCUUUCGUGGUGAAGAAUCAAGGAUUAAAGUCAACACAGAACGCUCCAGUUUAAUGGCUGGCAGGUAGAGAGACGCCAAAGAGGGACAAUCAACAUGAACUCGAUUCCGUCGAUGGACAGACACAUACAGCAGACCAAUGACCGUCUGCAGUGUAUCAAACAGCACUUACAAAAUCCAGCAAAUUUCCAAACAGCAGCAACCGAGCUGCUGGACUGGUGUGGCGACCCCCGAGCCUUCCAGCGCCCCUUCGAGCAAAGCCUGAUGGGAUGUCUAACGGUGGUCAGCCGUGUAGCAGCACAGCAGGGCUUCGACUUGGACCUGGGUUACCGGCUCCUGGCUGUGUGCGCUGCCAACAGGGACAAGUUCACUCCAAAAUCAGCAGCUCUCCUAUCCUCGUGGUGUGAGGAGCUGGGACGCCUCCUCCUCCUCCGUCACCAGAAGAACAGGCAGAACGAGCCUCCGGGAAAAGUGCCCAUGCAGCCCCCCAUGAGCUCCAUGAAGCCCAGCCUCUCACACGGAGAUGGGUCUUUUCCCUACGACUCAGUUCCCUGGCAACAGAACACCAAUCAGCCUCCAGGUUCGUUGUCUGUGGUGACCACCGUCUGGGGCGUGACCAACACCUCGCAGAGCCAGGUGUUGGGGAAUCCCAUGGCCAACAACAACAAUCCCAUGAACCCUGGGGGCAACCCUAUGGGCUCGGGGAUGUCUGGUAACAACCCCGGGAUGAACUCCCCUCAGUUCCCCGGUCCUCAGCAGCAGUUCCCCAACAAAGGAAACUCCAACCAGGCCUACAUGCAACAGGGAAUGUACGGAAGACCCAACUACCCCGGGGGAGGAGGCUUUGGUGGCAACUACCCUGGGGGGCCUAAUGCAGGACCUGGUGGAAUGGGGAUCCCUCCACACUCUCGUCCUCCUUCAGACUUCACCCAGCCUGCAGCUGCUGCAGCAGCCGCUGCAGUCGCUGCUGCUGCCGCCACCGCCACCGCCACUGCCACGGCAACUGUAGCUGCCCUGCAGGAAACUCAGAACAAGGACAUGAACCAAUACGGACCGAUGAGUUCCUCUUUCCAGAUGGGACCAAACCAGGCGUACAACAGCCAGUUCAUGAACCAGCCAGGACCCCGCGGCCCUCCAUCCCUCCCUGGGAACAUGGGCACAGGCAUGAAUGCAUCCAACAUGAGCGGGCCCCCCAUGGGGAUGAACCAGCCUAGAGGCCAAGGCAUGGGGCCUUUUGCAGCCCACGGCCAAAGGAUGCCUCAGCAAGGCUACGCAGGGCCCCGGCCUCAGGGCAUGGGAAUGCAAGGCAUGAAAAGACCGUACCCAGGGGAGCCAAACUAUGGUGGGCAGCAGUAUGGACCAAACAGUCAGUUCCCUAACCAGCAGGGGCAGUACCCCACACCCAACGCCUCCAGGCCGCUGCCAUCCCCCAACUACCCCGGUCAGAGGAUGCCAGGACAGCAGCUCCAGGGCCAAUACCCGCCACCCAGCGGCCCCAUGGGCCAGUACUAUAAGCAAGAGCCACCUUUUAAUGGCCAAACAAAUAACUUCUCUGGGAGUGGAUAUCAGUACAACCAGGGUAAUAUAAAUGGGCCACCCAGACCGGUGGGUAACUACCCUCACUCCCCAGUGCCAGGCAACCCUACCCCUCCAAUGACCCCAGGAAGUAACAUCCCUCCAUACCUGUCGCCAAACCAGGAUGUGAAGCCACCUUUCCCUCCUGACAUCAAACCAAAUAUCACUGCUCUCCCUCCACCUCCAGCCAACCACAACGAGGAGCUGCGCCUGACGUUCCCGGUGCGGGAUGGGGUAGUCUUAGAGCCCUUCAGGCUAGAGCAUAACCUGGCUGUCAGCAACCACGUCUUCCACUUACGGCCCUCUGUACACCAGACACUCAUGUGGAGAUCGGACCUGGAGCUGCAGUUCAAGUGUUACCACCAUGAAGACCGUCAGAUGAACACCAACUGGCCGGCAUCGGUCCAAGUCAGCGUCAAUGCCACGCCGCUCACCAUCGAACGUGGCGACAAUAAGACCUCCCACAAACCCCUGCACUUGAAACACGUAUGCCAGCCAGGAAGGAACACAAUCCAGAUCACAGUCACUGCCUGCUGCUGUUCGCACUUGUUUGUGCUCCAGCUGGUCCACAGGCCCUCGGUUCGCUCUGUCCUCCAGGGCUUACUGAAGAAGAGGCUCCUGCCUGCAGAGCACUGCAUCACCAAAGUUAAGAGGAACUUCAGCAGCGUAGCAGCGUCAUCGGGCAACGCCACACUCAAUGGAGAGGACGGUGUGGAGCAGACAGCCAUCAAGGUCUCCCUCAAAUGUCCGAUCACCUUCCGGCGAAUACAGCUUCCAGCGAGAGGCCAUGACUGCAAACACGUUCAGUGUUUUGAUUUGGAAUCAUAUUUACAACUGAACUGUGAGCGGGGGACAUGGCGAUGUCCUGUAUGCAAUAAAACAGCAUUGUUAGAAGGACUGGAAGUGGACCAGUACAUGUGGGGAAUCUUGAACGCCAUCCAAAACUCUGAGUUUGAGGAGGUGACCAUUGACCCAACAUGUAGCUGGCGGCCGGUGGCCAUAAAAUCUGAUAUACAUAUCAAGGAGGAUCCAGAUGGACCACUGGCCAAGAGGUUUAAGACGAUGAGUCCCAGCCAGAUGAUCAUGCCCAAUGUGAUGGAGAUGAUUGCUCAGCUCGGUCCCGGACCAUCACCAUACCCAUCACUACCUUCUCAGCAAGGGGGCAACAACAACGAAUAUGGCAGUCAAGGCAACAGUUACCAGGGGCACGGGAACUUUGAUUUCCCUCACGGCACCCCUGGUGGUACGUCGAUGAAUGAUUUCAUGCACGGUCCCCAACUGUCUCACCCACCUGACAUGCCCAGCAGCCUGAUGGCUCAAGACAAGCCACUCUCCCAUAACAUGCCUGACUCAAUACCUCAUUCUGCCGGCAAUGACCAGUCGCACGGCCCGUUGCAGCAGAGCUUACAUGCGUCUCCGCACCCUGGGAGCCAAUCAGGGCAACAGCUACACCACAGCGGGCCCCCUCCACCCUCACGACAAGCUCCACCUCCUCAGCAGCAGCAGCAGCAGCAGCAACAGCAGCAGCCUGGCCCCAACAGCCAUCCCCAUGGCGACCUGGCCUUCAACCCCUCCAGCAGUUUGGACAGCCAAGCAGGGUCGGACAUGCCUGAGCCAUCUUUAGACCUUCUUCCAGAGCUCGCUAACCCAGAUGAGCUGUUGUCGUACCUGGAUCCACCAGACCUUCCCAGCAAUAGCAACGACGACCUUCUAUCGCUCUUCGAAAACAACUGAGGCAAUUCAGACACACAUAAACUUUUCUGACUGCCUGCAGUUUCCCUGAGAACCCAGGGCGGUCACUCAGUACUUGAUAAACACAAAGAUGCACUCCCUUUCUCUUCUUCCUCUUGUACAGUUUUGAUUCGCCAGCGCAGAUUGACUGAAAGAGGUUAAAACUCAAAGACACGGCGGGAUGCGAGGGGGUCGCCCCACCCUCUCACACCUGUGGCUAUACCUUUGAACUGUGCAGCUAUACUCAGUUGAUUUUUUUACGCCACACACAGGUGUAUGUGUGCACAUUAGGAACGUGUUGUAGCAUUUUUUUAUUCAUGU